GUAGCAGGAAAAAAGAUAUCAAAAUCUUGGUAAAAUAAACCAAAGCUUUGAGCAGGGAUCGAGCCCGUGAACUAUAUUUUGCACCAGGGUUACCCUGAAAUAUGGUCAUUUUGCAGUUUGCAGUUAUUUUUGAGCUUAAAUGGGUUUAUUGGUUAAAAAGUUUUGAUAAACUAUUUUUGUUAGAUUUUAUAGUGUAAUAAAAUGACCAGAUUUAGAGGCUGUAUUGACAUACAUUCAGGGAAAGUCAAACAAAUAGUUGGAGGAACAUUGAAGUCAGACAACGACAGCGAUAAGGUUGCAACAAAUUUUGUUUCUGAUAAACCAUCGUCGUAUUACGGAAACUUGUAUAAAGAGAACAAUAUCUAUGGGUGUCACAUCAUCAAACUAGGGUCUUCAAUAGAAAAUGACAAAGUUGCCGAGCUUGCAUUGAGAAGCUGGCCGAACAACUUCCAAAUUGGAGGAGGCAUCAACGACAGCAACUGUUUGGAGUGGCUAAAUAAAGGCGCGAAACAGAUCAUUAUCACAUCAUGGCUAUUUCCAAACAAUCAGUUCAGCAUGGAAAGGCUCGUCAGAUUGCACAGUCUCGUUGGGGACAAAAACAAGAUAGUGCUAGAUCUCUCGUGCAGAUGCAAAAUGAACAACAAAAGGGACAAGGAGUGGCAUGUUGCAAUUCAGAAAUGGACGAUUGUGACGGAGUUGAAGUUGAGCCAGGAGUUGUUUGUGGAGUUGAGCAGUUUCUGCAGCGAGUUUUUGAUCCACGCUGCCGACGUCGAGGGCUUGUGCCGGGGGAUUGACGAGGGGCUCGUGGCGCAGUUGGGUCGGUGGUUUUCCAACCCGAGCUUGGCCGGAGUGGGUGUUGUGUAUGCCGGUGGUGGUCGGAGCAUUGCAGACUUGCAAACCGUCGAGCGGUUGAGUGCCGGAAUGGUUGAUUUGACUUUCGGCAGCGCGUUAGACAUUUUCGGGGGCAGCUUGGUGCGAUUUUCGGAUUGUGUUGAGUGGAACCGCGCACGUGAGCCGGAAGACGUAUAAAUUCGUCUUCAGCUGUAAAUAAACAAUCUGAGAACUGGUAA